AACUUUUCCAUCCCUCUCCUCACUCUAUGUACUAUAGCUGCUGCCAUUGGUGACCCUCGCUUUUGUUGCAGCACUUGCAGCCAGUACAGCCUUUAUAUGGCCAUCAAGUCACAGUUUUAGCUAUAUGUGUGGGGUGUGAACAAGUAGAAGUUAUGGCAUGUAAAUAAAUGAGAUAGCAUUCAUUUGGCCAAUUGCCAAGUGGGUUUCUUCAUUUUUUUUCUUUUUCUUGAUAUGUCAGAGAGUUGGCACUCUUUAAUUCUCCAUGGGUGUAGGAUUUCUAGCAUUAAAUUCUUUCCCCCAUAUAUUUCAUCUCUCUUACUGUCUCUAUAUGUAUAAUUCAAUGGGGUAGCCCUUAUUGAAUGCCGAACUGCUUGCUUGCUUGCUAUAAAAUCUUGGAUUGCCUCGCUGAUUCUCUUCAUUAAAAAUAUACUAGCUAUGGCAGAUAGGUGGUUUACUGGUAUGGUAAAGGCUUUACUGAGGUGUCAAGAGGCUGUUUCUUUGUGGGUUCUUGCAGCAAUGGAGGGUUUUGUAACUGGGAUUUUUAUUGGAGUUAUGAAGAAAGUUAUCUUUGCUGCUUUCACUUGUAUUUUUGCAUUAGGAGGGGCUGCAGUGGGCACUGUUAUAGGAGCCAUGAAAGGGCAGACAACAGAAACUGGGUUUUUUCGUGGGUCUGGAAUAGGUGCUGUUUCAGGUGCUAUCACCGCCUUUCAAUUGCUUGAAUCAGCUGCUGAUGGCGAGCCAUUGUCCAAGGUUGCUCUAUUUUAUAGCCUGAUGAAUGGGAAGGUGUUCAUGGAAUGGAUCAGUGAACUGGAAACCACUGACAGAGAAAUUACAGAAAUUUAUGACACUAGUGGAAAUGGAGGGUUAUCCAAGAAUUGCAUUCAGAAGCUUCCUCAACUUGAAUUCCAAUCCAAUCACCAAUUCUGUUGCUCUAUUUGCUUGCAGGAUUUGAAGGAUGGAGAUUGGAUAAGGGAACUUCCCAAUUGUGGGCAUUUGUUUCAUAUGGAUUGCAUAGAUAAAUGGUUGUGUAGAAAUGGGUCUUGCCCAAUGUGUAGAAUUUUUGCUUGCAAUGACUCAUGUAUUCUACAUAUGUAAACCAUUUGGUUUUUGAGUUUUGGUUCACUAAUUAAUUAUAAGGAGCCUCAUACAACAUUAUUAUUAUUAU